AUGAUCAAUAUGUGCACUGCGCUACCCAUGGAGCGCAGCACAGCGCUGCAAACGGCCCAUUGGCGGCCGGCAUUGCUAACAUCCCGGCGGAGUUCCGUGGGAAGGGGAUGGGACACCUGGCUUUCCAGUCGCCAUUCCUCGACUUUUGCGCCCAGUUAUUGCGUCACCGUGGCGACAGCGCGACUGGCCGCCACGGCCGCCACGGCCGCCACGGCCCGCCGGGCGAAGAAGGCGAAGCAAAAGCCGCAGAAGCCGAAGCCCUUGAAACCGCAGGCCAAACGAGGCAGUACAGCAGCGGUGCCAGUCUAUCCGCCAGAGGAGAUUUUCUCCUUGGACGUUGAAUGUGUGGCUGUGGGAAAAAGCCAUGAGAAGAGCGAUCGAAUGCCUUGCUCCUAUGCGCUGGUGGAUGGCAAAGGUGAUUGUGUCAAAAGGACCUUGAUCCAGCCAUCCAGAGAGGUGGUCAGCUACCUGACGCCCUUCACGGGUUUGCACCCUGGGGACCUGGACGGCCAGAGGGCUUUGAGCCUGGACCGCGCGCGCAGGGAACUGCAGGAACUGCUUCCCAGGAGGGCGAUAUUAGUUGGCCAAGAGCCACAGGGCGAUAUCGAGUGGAUGAGUUUGAACGAGGGCCAGGAUUUCACUGGCACCGUGAACCUCUCGGAGAUUUUCAGCAACGAGAAAGGGAUGGUUUUCUCCCUGCGCCAUGAGGCUCGAGUAUUGCUGGGACGCGAACCGGAGCUGGCCGCGCUGCGGGAGAAACUCACAAAGAAGGAGUUUUGGCCACCAAAGCCCAGCCUAGCUCGAGAGUCAAUCCUGGAUGCUGGCUUGGCCAACCGCGCCAUUGGGGCCACGAUGAUGAACGCGACGUCAUCUCGGUCGCAUUCCAUCUUCAUGAUCACGGUGGAGCAAUGCGGCCUGGGGAUAGAUGGUGCUGGUCACAUUCGGGUGGGCAAACUGAACAUGGUGGACCUGGCUGGUUCUGAGCGACAGAGCAAGACAGGUGCCACCGGGGAGCGGUUGAAGGAGGCGACCAAGAUCAACCUAUCACUGUCAGCGCUCGGGAAUGUCAUCUCUGCAUUGGUAGAUGGGAAGUCGUCACACAUCCCAUACCGAGACUCCAGGCUGACGCGGCUUCUGCAGGACUCCUUGGGUGGCAACACAAAGACUAUCAUGGUUGCCAACAUUGGGCCUGCAGACUACAACUACGACGAAACUGCCUCAACCUUGAGGUAUGCGUACCGUGCCAAGAGCAUCAAGAAUAAGCCUCGCAUCAACGAAGAUCCCAAGGACGCAAUGAUUCGCGAGUACCAGGAGGAGAUCCUGAGACUCAAGGCAGAGCUAGAGGCCGCUGGUGGAGAGGUGGAUGAGCAUGGAAUGCCGAUUUACGGUCGACCACGGAUCGAGAAGCAAGUGGAGUAUGUGGAGAAGAUUGUUGAGAGAACGGUGGAGAAGGAGGUCAUUGUGGAACAGGGCCCGAGCCCCGACGAGGUCGCUGCCAUGGAGGCGCAGCUGCGUCAGCAGAACGAGGAGGCUCGGCUCAAGGCGGAGGCCAGACGUCGUGAGGUGGAGGCCCAGCGUGACCUCGCAGAGUCGGAGAGGUUGCGCUUGAUGGCCCAGAUUGAUGAGGAAGAGCAGAUCUCUUUCAAGGAAGAGCAGCACAAGGUUGAGCUCCAAGCCAAGCUGCAACAGAUGGAAAUGAAGAUGGUGCAGGGUAAACAGGUCAUGGAACAAGCCAUCCAGCAGGAGGAGGAGCUGAAGAGGCAGCAGCGACGAUUGAGGAAACAGCAGGAAAAAGAAGAGGAGCUGAAACGCCAGGAGGAGCAACAGAGGCAGGAGAACAUCGAGCUGGUGGAAAGAUGUGCUUCACAAGAGGAGCAGGUCUCGAAGCUCACCUCAAAGCUCCAGAAGCUUUGGGACAAGUACCAGAAGGGGCAGCAGGAAAUGGUGGACAUUCAACACUUCAAUCAGCAAGAGCGUGAGGACAUGCUGUCAAUGAUCCGUGAGCUACGGCAAACCUUGAAGCUGAAGUCUCUCAUCAUGGAGUCCUUCGUGCCUAUGAAGGAGAUCCAAAAUACGCAAGAGCGUGCUGUUUGGGAUCCAGAAGAAGAUGAAUGGAGAAUUGCCCCUGUGGCCUUGGACAAGGAGAAUCGGCCUCAGCGGCCAGGCUCUGUCCUUGGUCUGCCAAGGCCCACCUCAGAGUUCACGCGUCUCAACAGAGCCAUGGGUGAUGCAAACCCCAGGUACAUGUACGACUCCAUCCUCUUUACCGACUUGGACUUGCCGGAGAGGACCACGGAGGACUAUGAGGUGCACCCUGAGUUGGGCGACCGCGUGGAGCGUGCCUUGAUGUUGGCACUGUCCCAGGAAGACGACGACAAGGAGGCCAUGCUUGCGAACAGUGUCCGCAAACUGGAAGAAUUCACCCCAAAGUUUCAAUUUUCCUGGUGA